AUGAAGAAGGAACAUAUCAUAAUUUUAUCUUUUCUCUUAUUUAUUCAGAUUUAUUUUUGUAAAAAUAUUAAAGUAAGAAAAUUUAAAGGUAUUGUUUUUUAUCUCUUUAGAGUAACCAAAAUAUAUAAAAAAAAAAUUAAUUUUCAACUAAAAAAUAAUUGCACAUUUCUAACUGGAAUAAAGCCAAGUGGUAAUAUUCAUUUAGGGAAUUAUAUAGGAUGUCUACACCCUUUAAUAAAUUUAGAAGCUAAAAGAAAAAAAAAAAUUAUAGGUAAAAGAAAGGAGAAAGUUAUAAAGCUGAAUAAAAUAAUAUUAAUAGCUGAUCUUCAUUGCUUAACAAACAUAAACAACAUAUUUUCACUAAAAAAAAAUGUUUUGAAUUCUGUAAAAGUUAUUAUUUCUUUAAUAAUAGAUAUGUAUAUUAAGAAAAAAAAAUACGUAGAUAUUUACAUUAAUAACAUUAAAUUAGAAAAAAUAUUAAAAUUAUUUAAAUAUGAUUUAGAUACGAAUAUCAAUAAUUUGUUGUCUUCAAACGACUCAAAUAUAUCUUUUUCCUUCUUGGAUAAUGAAAAGGAAAUCAAUAAUUUAAAUAUAAAUAAUACUCAUAAUUUAAAGGAUAUUAAAUAUAGUGAAAGUACUAAUCUAUAUAAAAAUUCCGAGGAAUAUAUAGAUUAUAAUGAUGAAAAGUAUUAUGAAAAAAGCAUAUACCAAAAGCAUUUUUUCUAUAUUUUAAAGCAGUCAGAUAUUCAAGUUCACACAUCUUUAUAUUAUUUAAUAAAUUCUUUUACAUCCAUUAAUUUAUUGAGUUCACAUGUGCAUAUAAAAACAUGCGGGUAUAGUAAAUCUUUUUCAUUACUUUCUUAUCCUAACUUAAUGUUGUCGGAUAUUUUACUUUAUAAACCAAACUAUUUAAUAAUAGGAUUAGAUCAAAAGAAAAAUUUGGAAAUAAUCAAAAAAAUAUGUAAAAAAAUGAAUAACUAUUUUCCUUAUAUUACAAAAAUGCCAAAAAUAUAUUCAUCUAAAUUUAAUGUAGAAAUAAUGAAUUUAGAUGGUCACAACAAAAUGAGUAAAAAUGAUUUAUCAGACAACCUGGACUUUUAUAAGAUUAUUUAUCUAUUUGAUGAAAAAGAUCUAAUAGAAAGGAAAAUUAAAAGAAGCAAAACAGAUAAUUUCAAUGAUUUAAAGUAUGGAGAAACAGAUAGAAAAGAAAUAAAUAACCUCAUUAAUAUAUUUAUUUUUUUUUAUUAUUAUAAAAUUAAAAACAGUGAAAGUAUAAAAACAAAUCAUAAAACAUUUUAUUCCUUUAAAAAAAUAUUUUUAAAUAAGAGAAAGCAAAUUCCAGAAGGGAGUAAAUCCUUUUAUAAUGUUUUUCAUAACCCGAAAAAUACAAAUGAUGAUAUUAAAUAUUCAAAUAAUUUAAAAGAUGGCAUAAAAAACAAUUUAAAAAUAAUUAAUGAAGACGAUAUUUAUUUCAAGAAAAAUAACAUAAACCCAAAUUUUAAUGAAAAAGUAAUUAAUAAUAUAUUGUCUUCUUAUAAUAAUAAUUAUUAUAAUUUUAAAAAUGAAUUAUCUUUACUGAUUUACGAUCAUUUUUUAACAUCAAAAUAUUAUUAUAAUAUCCUGCUUUCAAAAGAUAAUUUAGUAAAUAAUAUUUUAAAAAUGGGGAAAAGAAGUCUUUCAAUAAGAGCAAAUGAAACUUUUAAGGAAUUCAAAAAAAAGUUAAAUAUAUAA